GGGGCGGGCACGGGGCGGUGCAUCCCGGCACGGCUCAGCUCGGCUCGGCUCGGCUCUGCCCGCCCCACUCCCUGCGCCGCGCACAUGGAGCCGCACGGAGCCGGCAGCGUCCUCUUCGGCUGUGAGCUGACUGCCAGUACCAAAUCCUACACGUUUCAGGUGGAUGAGGAAGAUGACUCUGACCACGUCUUGGCCCUGUCUGUGGUCUGCCUCACGGAUGGUGCCAAGGACGAGUGCAACGUGGUGGAGGUGGUCGGGCGAAACCACGAGAACCAGGAGAUCGCUGUGCCCGUGGCCAACCUGAAGUUGUCGUGCCAGCCCUUGCUGAGCCUGGACAACUUCAAGCUGCAGCCCCCGGUGACUUUCCGCCUGGCAGCGGGCUCCGGCCCUGUGCACCUCGCCGGCUGGCACCAGAUCACGCACAGGGAAGACAUUUCCUUUGAGGAGGACGACGAGGACAUGUCUGAGGAGGAGGAGGUUGAUCCCAUCGUGCCAGCCAAGAAGGAGCGGAGGAAGCAGUAAGGGUGGCUCCGGGCGAGGUGCUCGCUGAGACUUCCUCCUGGAUGACUUUUACCUCGGACACCUCUUGCCAGGACCUCAACGUUUGCUGCUUUUUUUUUUUUUUUUUAGUACUAUUGUUUUUUUCUGUUGGACCUUUUUUGGGAGCGGUGAGCUCCCAACACUGGGGUGUCUUCUUCCCUACAUCCCUAGGAGGCUGAUCCCAACCCCAGACGGGUGCUGCUGGUACAUCCCCUCUCCCUGUCCCUCUGCUGGGAGCUGGGGAUGGUGGAGGUGCUCCUUGCCCUGUGCCUUUUUGCUGCCCUGGACCUCUGCUCUGUGCACCUGGCUCUGAAAUGCCCAGUCCUGGCCCCUUCCCCAGCAGCUGGACGUAGAGCCAGAGGCAGUUUCACUGAUUCUCGGCUGCUUUUCUGUACUCACACCUUGUUUUUAUACACUUGGAAGUGUGGAACCGGGGCCCAGGCUGCACCCUCACCUGCGGGCUGGGAGCUCAGGGCCUGCCUGUGAUUUGGAGGGGGGUUGUGGGUCAACCUGCUCUGUAAGGAACCGUUUUUACACUGAAUAAAGGUCUCAGGUGUCA